GAAUAUUUCCUUGCUCUCCUUUCAUUUUUUGUCUUCAUUCAUUCGUUCAUUGUUGUUGAAUCUUUCUUCUCAUUUCGUUUCAUUCACGCCUCUGCUACUCAUUGCAGUUAUACCCACAAAAAUCACCAUGGCUACCACUGAACAUCACGAGCACCAGGUCACCAAACCUUUCAAGGUCAUGACCAUUGCUGGUAGCGAUAGCGGUGGCGGCGCUGGUAUUCAGGCUGAUCUCAAAACUUUCACAUCAUUGGAGGCAUUUGGUACUUCUGUCAUCACAUCCAUCACAUCCCAAAACACGCUCAAAGUCGAUGGUAUCCAUGCCAUACCCGCUGAUUUUGUGGCCCAACAGUUGGAAGCUGUCCUCUCUGACAUUGAAACCGAUGCCAUCAAGACAGGCAUGUUGUGUAAUGCCGAGAUCAUUGCAGCCAUUGCAAAGACGCUCCGCAAGUUCUAUCCAGAGACACGGCCGAUCCCUAACUUGGUCGUGGAUCCGGUCAUGAUUGCGUCUUCGGGUGCAGCUCUGUUAGACACAUCAGCAAUUGAGACUUUGAUCCAAGAGAUCUUACCUCUCUGUUCAAUUCUGACACCUAAUGUUCCAGAAGCAGAGUACAUCUUAUCGAAAGCAAAACUAGAAAACCCUUUAUUCAACCCUAAUCAAAAAAUCGACUCUUUAGAGCAGAUGCGAUUGGCAGCUCAGGAUCUUGGUCGUUUAGGAUCUUCGAUCGUAUUGUUGAAGGGCGGUCAUUUACCUUUUCUAAAGAGCUCGGGACGGGCGCUAGCACCGGAAUUGUUUAAUUCAGUGGAUGAUCUCUCAGUGGAGAUGGAAGAAUUGGAACUGAUAGAUCUGAUCUGGGAUUCCAGCGUGGGAGUUUUCAUGGAGUUGAAGAGGGAAUUUUUGAGGACGAGCAGCACGCAUGGCACUGGAUGCACAUUGAGCGCUGCCAUCGCAGCCCAACUGGCGAAGGGACUGCAACCAAUCGAUGCGAUCAUCAAAGGCAGUGAAUAUGUCCAGUCAGCUAUCCGUGAUGGGUUCUCAGUCGGACAAGGCAAAGGAUGCCUUAAUCAUUAUCAUCAUGUCGUGCCUCGCUCUAUUGAAAGACCGACGCGCUACAACCCUUGUCCGUUGACGUCCUACUUGCUCAAAGCAUGCGCUGAUGACUGGCACAAGUAUACACACCACCCUUUUGUACAAGGGAUAGCGGAUGGAACAUUACCCAGAGAAAGCUUUAUUCAUUACAUGAAGCAAGAUUAUUUGUUCCUGCAGACCUAUGCACGUGCACAUGGUCUCGGAGCAGCAAAGGCGAGGACUAUAGAGGAAUCAAAGGCUUUUGCAGACAUUAUCGUGUAUAUUGCUAAGGAGUCUGAGCUGCACAUUGAAUACUGCGCCAAAUGGGGGAUCUCAUAUGAAGAGAUGAUCAAAACGCCAGAGAGCAUGGGUAAUAUCGCCUACACGCGCUAUGUACUCGACAUUGGUAUGACGGGCGAUCUUUUGGAUCUAGGUUUGGCGAUUGCACCUUGCUUAAUUGGAUAUGGACAUAUUGGUCGUCGUCUUUAUAGUGAUCCUAACACUGUCACGGGCACAGACAAGAACCCUUACUGGGAUUGGAUCAAGACUUACGCGAGUGAUGAUUAUCAAGCUGCAGUCUCUCGUGGCAUCGCCAACUUGGAACGCCAGUGCAAUGUCCAGCAGCCAUCGACACAUCGUCUCAAACAUAUGGAAGAGAUUUUCAGGACUGCCACUAGGCUUGAGGUCUCCUUCUGGGAAAUGGCUCUUCACCGGUUGUGAAU